AUAAGGACUAUGUAACGGUGUGGAGAGAUAUUCUCGAUAUGCUAGAGAACAUGAGAUUGAAAAGCCUGUGAUAUGUGAACGAUUAUGAAAUUUUCGUAACUAGCUUAUAAUGGAGAUACAGAGAAAACUUGAUUUAAUCAAUUCUCUAAUAAAAAACAAAUAUGUUCCUAUUAACACGGAUACAUAGUUUCAAAUUUGAAUGGUUUCUGAUAGCAGACACAUCACAAAGUAUUCCUACACAGUAUUUUAUUUCGACACCUGCGACCGGAAGUACUUUUAUUUGUUUGCGAUAUUACAAUCGCUCAAGACACCGCCAGCCUUUUCAAGCUAACGAACACUGCCUCGCAAUCAUACACCACUUAAUGUGAGCUCUCUGUAAGCUGGACUAAGUUGUUGUUUCCAACUCUGUUGUGUAACCUCGCCGGAUGGAGAUGGACGACGAGCUGGAUACCUUCAUCAGGGAACACAAGGCGAGGGUGGCAGAGGAUAAAGCCUGUUUACAACAAGACCCCCCAUACAUGGAAAUGAAGGCAAAACCCUACCGAGGCUACGGGUCUACUGUUAAGGAGAACAUCCCUCCUAAGUCAAAAGCACAGGGAAGAGGUAUAGAUCCUGGCCACAAUUUGUCACAGGAGAGCUGCAGUGUGGGUCUCCCCCUUGGUGUGGAGUACGAGAGGAAGAAACAGAGGCUGCAGCACGAGCUUCGUAUGGACUACAGGCGCUACAUGACUGAGAAAAAACAGUUUGAACCUGUUGAGACUGCAGGACCAUUACUCCAGUUCAAUAACAGGAGGCCUGUCAAGAAGGACGCAGCUACUAUAACAGAGGAGAGCAGAACGCUACACAGGCCUCUGUGCCUAGCUGAGGAUGAAGAGAGGCAGUCACCAGCACUCAUGAGGCAUCGAGACAGGCUGGGGAGGCCAAUGGACCAAGAGUCAGAGGAAGAGGAGCGUAAAGAUGAACUGGAGCUGAUUGAAGGCACGAGACGUAUGGCAGUUAAUGGCAAUCAUGAGAAGAGACGACCUACAAAGACCGAUGGCAGGGAAGAUUCAGCUGGUGUUACCAGAGAUGGACAGACAUCCAGAGUGCGGAACAAAUCUGCAGAUGCUGAGUUUGCCACCGGUCUUUUAAUAGGUUUCAGAUGCGGUCCCGUGUUUUCAGGAACAGCUGAUACACGUGAGGCUUUGCAGAGGAGGAAGGAGCGCUACCGACAGGAGCUGCAGGAGCAGAUAGCUGAGCAGCACCGCAACAAGAAGAGGGAAAAAGAUUUCGAGUUGAAAGUCGCAGCAACAGGAAUAAAUGACCCUGAGAAACAGCCGGACCGAAUCAGACAGUUUGGACUGAGCAGAAGAAAAGGUGGCCAGGUGUCAGAUCCUGUAACCACAGGUGAUAGAUCAUCAUCAAGUGCUCUACCUGACAUCGAGAAGAUUGGUGCUAGAGAGAAGGAAAUGCCUCCCCCCGAGCAGGCUCACGUGGCCUUCCAGUCCCCUUUGCUGGAGUAUAGCUCUGCCCUGGGCUUAGCUGGAGGUGGUUUGCCUCCCAACAGCCAGCCUGCCAACCCUGUGACGUCCAUGGACAUCCCUAGAUAUCCUCUGUUUCAUCCCCGCCCACCUCCUUCAGUGAGCGAUGCAUACAGAAGCUCCUACAUAGAGCCACAUCACUACUACGCCAACAGAAGCAUGCUUGAUCCAAACAUGGCCUACUAUGGGCACAUGCCUGCUCCUGGUGCUGGCUUUCCCACGCCCUACUGGAAUGUACCGCCGGGGGAAGCCGUGCCCAGCCAGCUUGGUAACCACAGCCCUCACAGCCAGCACAGCGACAGCAGCUUUCCAGAGCCUCCUAUGCAACAUGGUAGUAAGACACGCCAACCAAAGUGCUCAUCGGGUCUCAACUACUCCAACAGGCCCAGCAACGAGACGGCUACUGGGCCAUCACAAGCCAACAUAUUCCCUUCAGAGAGAUCCAGAUCAGCCAGGGAAAGGAUUUUGAGCUACAGGGAUGCUCUGAAACAACAGGAAGCUUCCACGAGUGGAAACGGCGAGCUUUACAGCAAGAUCCAGGAGCAACAGGAGCGGAGGCGUCAGGAGAGGGAGGAGAGGGAGCGUUACGAGGCUCAGCUGGAGGCUGACAUGAAGAACCACCAGCCCUGGGGGAGAGGCGGAGGAGGAGCGCCGCUGAGGGACAGCACUGGAAAUCUCAUUGCUGAUCUCAGUCAGAUGCACAAGCUGAACGAGGAGGCGUACAGCAACCCGGAGCAGCGGCAGAGGAGAGCCACGGCUGCUGCGGCAGCCAGCCGGACUGAGCACCUGGACCCCAAUGAGAGGGUUUCUGGUUUCACCCAUGUACAAACACCGCAGUUUGCCAGAGGCAAAGUAUUUGCCAGCCAGCCCACAGAGCAACAGCUCCAGGAGCAGGACAAGUACAAAGCUUACCUCAAACAGCAGAUCGAGGAGAAAAUGCGUAAAAGGGCAGAAGAGAGAGAACGAAUCAGGAUGGAGGAAGAGAAGGAGGAGAAGAGGCUGGCAGAGCAGAGGGCUCGCAUCCAGAGGGAGUACGAGGAGGAGCAAGAGAGGAAGAAACGAAAGGAAAUGGAGCAAAAGGCCAAGAAUGAGGAGCUGAUUCAGCUGGCUGAACAGAGGAAGAAGGAAGCUGAGAGGAUAAAGAAGGAAGCAGAGGAGAAGGAGAGUGCGAUACUGAGGAGACAGUAUGAGAGCGAGAGACAGGCACGAGUGGAAGAGGUCCACAGGGAACCCUCACCUCCAAUCCCCACUCUGCAGAAGAAAUGUGGUAUUCACCAGUAUACCCCCAGACCUCCCACUGUUGACAGCCAACACUCUACAGUCCCAUCGUCUGAGCGGUCUCUGUCCGGUCUGCAGUCCCCUCCCGUCCCUGCUUGUAGGAACCAGUUGCGAGCUGCAGGAGACCGUUGCGAUCUGUUCAGUGAGCUGUCAGCAUUGCGUCGGCAGCUCCGCAAUGAACAAAAACGCCUGGAAGGUGACCUGCAGCAGGCGGAUUGGGAGGAUUUAGAGUCUCCUCUGAAUAACAGGUAUCGCGAGCGUCCUGUGGUGGAUGUGUUUGAUAUGGCCAGGCUGAGGCUCCAGGCUCCGAUUCGUAGGCCUAACUCUAGAUAUACAGAGCCACGAAAUUUGUUACGGAUCCACGACUCCCUUCAGCUCAAGUACAGAGAUGAAGAAUCGAGGUUGGGCUCCAGCGAAGAUCCUAAACUAGUGGAAGUAGGUGGGACCAGCAGACGGAGGCGGGACUACAGGGAUUCAUAUCACCAGUUGAGCAGCCAGAGGUCUACGGUCCAGGACGAUUAUUUCGACCUGUCCCCACCACAGGAAAAUGAUCUACUGAGGAGCGAGACCAGGGGAUCUGCAAGAGGUUCUCUGCUGGAGUCAGAGAGUGCUUUCAUUGACCCUCUAGGCGAUGGCUCGUCAGUGCUGCAAACCCCAGAACCUGAGAAGACUCGUCAGCUGUCGGCCCGGGAGAGGAGGAGGCUUUCCAGACAGUCACAGCGCCCACAGGAGCGAGCUGCUUCUGGCCACCCUGUUGGUCGUCAUGAUGAUUACUCCGACCACGCAGUAACCAGACAGCGGCAGAAUGAGGAUGGGGAAUGGAGAAACCAGAAGAGGACGGGUCAUCAGGCUCUCAGUCGUCGUGGCAACACAGCUGCACCGCUGGAUCUGUCUGACGACGACGACUCGCCUCCGCGGUUUUCUCUUCAUAAUCGUCAGGGCUCUAUAGAAACCGAUCGCUGGAUACGGCCAGAAACAUCGGACACGCUGAAGUGUUUACACCAUGUGAUAAGAAGGGAGCGGCUGGCAACGUAGCACCUUGUCUCCUAAGAUUUGGAGGUGCCUUCUGAUUUUGACUGCAUGUCUCAAUCCAAACAAUUUUUCACUGAACUUUGAGUUCAAAGUUGGUUUUAAUUUAUUGCUUUGGUUAAAGUUAAAUGUAAGUUACUGUGAAGGCAAAGAUGUUUCUCUUUUUUCCUGUUGAAACCUCAGUGUCGUAAUCCACUGUGGGAACCCUCGUCUUCUUUUACAUGUAAAUGAUUGUUUUAUUGAAUAUAUUUUUAAAUAAAUUAUAUUUUACUUUUA